AUGUAUGAAAAUUUAAAAUCCAAAUUUCUAAUCAAUACCAAAAAUCAAUAUAACUAUUCAAAAUCAUCAUCGUUCCAUCAAAUGAUUCAAACACAAAGCCAACAAUCGGUAUGGCUUCACUCAAAUCAAUCUAUUCAGUUGAUAUGCAUCACGUCAUCAUGGAGUAAACCAUUAGGAAAGAUAAAGUGGUCAGUAAAUAAUGAUGACAUAUUUGAUGAUAAUGAUGAUAACAAUAAAUCAAUAAAUACCGAUUUAUCAUCUCGUAUUUCGCAUACAUUUGACUUUCAUUUAAAACGUAAAUUCCCAUUUAAUCAUCAUUUACAUGGAUUUAUGAAUAAACAGGUGAAAACAGAAGAGGAAGAGGAAUUAUUCAGCUGGUUAAAUUCAGCUUAUUGUGAUUCAAAUUAUGAAUGUCAUAUUAUGAAUCGAACAAAAAAAUCAAUAAUUUUGAACAUUAAUACUAAUAUUGUACAGUGUACAGGUCAGUUAUUGGAAUUUAUUCAAACUACAGACGCAACACCAGAUUAUCAAUUGUACCGAAGUUGGUCUAUACUGAAUCUCACUUUCCACGGAACUAUGAUUGAUGAAAUUCCAAUCAAAUGUUCGUUGGGCAAUCAAAACGACUUUCUUGUGGAUAGUGUCCACAGAGUAAAGAAUGGCAAUGUUGUCAGAGAUUCUCUUAACACCGAUGAGAAUAAAUCACAUUUGGAGAUUGAAAUAAACUCUUUACAAUCUCAACUAUUAACUAUAAACGUUCUACAUAUUUCCAAUGUGUUUAUGAAAAUAUUUUCGAAUUCGGAAAUACUCAAGUCUUCCGGUCAACAGACAAUUGUACUGAUUGAAAAUCAACCUGUACAUCUAGGAUGUUUUUAUGAAAGAUCUCAUAUGCCAGCUAAUGUGAAAUAUGAAUACACAUAUUUCAUACAAUCUAAAAGUUACAUUCCUGAGGAGAAAUUAGGUUCCUUACAAGCCAUUGGAUGGAAGUCAUUCAAAAAUGCUUCUUUAUUGUAUUACCAGUCACAACAAAAUCUUGUGGAAUUUUUACCCGAUCGGAUAUUUAAUGGUGCAAAAGUUAACUGUCAGAUCAGAGGUACAAGGUUUAAAAGUGUACAGGCUGAUAGAAACAUUUUGAUUACAUCAAAUCAGUCAAUGGUGCUAAGUGAUAUGGAAGACAGGAGAAACGAAACGAGUGAAGAAACCCUAGAAGUGACUUCUUCUCAGAGUUCUAUCGACUUAAAUAUACACUAUGGACCAGAUAUUCAUAAUCCUGAGGAUCAAUUUUAUCCAGUUUAUCUCUGUACAAAAUUCAACCAAGGAUCACAAACUUCUUGUGGUAAUAAAGUGACCAGUCCUUGGACCACCUCACAGAAUAUAAUAUUACAAUGUCGGACAGAUUUCAAUCCACCCGGUCAGGUUCAGUGGUUUCAAUGGCAACCAAGCCGUCGAUCCUUAGUGUACAUAACAAAUGGACAAACUUUACAAUUCAAUAUAGAACAAUUAAAAGAUUUACUUAAAUAUACAGAAAUAACUUCACAUAAUUUAUGGUUUAUUGAUAAUUACUUUUCAAAAAAUAAAGAAGUGAUACCAGUUGUAGGUGAAGAAUUGAUUUUCAAAUUAUGGAAAUUUAUAUGCAUCGCCAGUUCUGAUGGAUUCACUAAUCAAUCGGCUAAUCGAUACGUAGUAGAAGCAAGAAAGCCUUUUGUAUAUAGUAAUCUUGAUACCUAUGGGGUUUUAGAUAAAUCAAUAGAAAUUUCAUGCAAUGUGAUCAGUUUCCUUGAGCUAAAUUUUUUUCAUCCAAUAUGGUCUUUUAAUGGAAAAUAUAUAUUAGACGACAACCGGGGCAAUAGCAAUAAUAAAUCUCUAAUUGUCAUCAAUGCAUCUUCUACAUGGAAUUCAAAAAUAUCAAUUUCUGCAACUCAUCACAAUACAUUACCACGAUCUAAAUAUAUAAUUAAUAACAGAAAAUAUUCAUUUGGUUGGAUAAUUACAUUACGGAUAAAUAGACUGUUAUUGACUGAUGAAGGUGUCUAUCAGUGUACUUUCACUAAUGAGCUGGGAACAAGUUCAUUUAGAAUUAAUUUACACCUUCAAGAUAAACAGACAGUGAAUGAUCUCAUACAAAUAAUCUCGAUCUGCUUGCUCUCUCUACUCAUUCUGCCUUUAUUGUUAUCGAUUUUAUUUUAUAUCCGAAAGAGACGUGUCCGUUCUAGAUGCAGCAAACAACAGUUUAGAAAGUGUGGCCUUAAAAUAAACUGGAAAAACUGUAGCGAAAGUCAAAGCAGUAAUCACACUCGAAAAUCAAUCGACUCAAACAUGGAUGGAUAUUUUAUGGGAGUGGAUUUUACUGAAUUUGUACAAAAUCAAUUAGCCGAUGAAAUGAACAAUAAUAAUAAUAACUCAUCAAGCGUAUCAGGUCAACAGUCGGAACAGAUGUUUUCAGUCGAUCCCAUGAUACCUUUACCUCAAAAGUGUUACAAUCCAUUCUGUGGUCAUAUGACAGCGCAAAAUCCUGCCUUCGGUAAACACCAGUCAUCUGGAGAGAGCACACUUUACUGUGCACUUACAAAGACUUGUCAGGGUCAGUUAAUUCAUAUGGGCAUACCAUCUGAAUCAAAUUACUUGACUUGUCCACAUUUUAAAAGUAGGAUUUCAGACGUUAAUAACAGUAGUGGACUAGACCAAACCGCGAUAUUUCAUCCUAAAACUGGAGGACAAUUCUGCACUACAAUUCCUCGUUGUUCAACAAAAUUUAUGCAUAACGAAUUAAGUUAUAAUUCUCUCCUUUCUAAUAAUCACAAAGGCAUUAACAGUAAUAGAAGACUACAAUACGGAAAUUCUUUAAUACUUCAUUAUGACCAUGGAAGCGAUAUUGACAAUAAUAAUAAUAAUACCGUUUGUUUAAAUGAACUCCAGUUGAAUUCUAUGUUCAAUGAAAGUCAAGUCUGCUGCCAUGAAUGUGAUACUAAUAAUAAUUCGUAUGAAUAUUUUAAAUUCCCAUGCCAUCAUCACUUACUAUACUGUAACCAUUUUGUCAAUAAUAAUAUUAAUGAGAACUGUGAUAAUAAUAACAACAAAAAUAAUGGAUCUGAGAAUUGUAUAAACAAGAAAUUGACAUGUCAGAGAGCGGAUGUGGUUCCCACAGACAAUAAAGCCUUUUGUUAUUUGGAUAAGAAUUCUACAAAUAUCAAUAAUAGUAGUAAUAUAAUACAAAUUUUAGCCAGCACCAGGGUGCAUAAUUAUAGUGAUAAUGAAGGAUGAAACAGUACUCAGUUUGGUAACUAUUAUGAUUAUUCAUGUCAACUUGUUUAAAUUUAAAUCAAAUGUAUACAUGAAAAAAGUUUGUUUUACCAAACAUUCAGUCUAUUUUGGUA